AUGUUAGGAAAUGAUGCUCGAAGGACACGUGUUGCAAAUGCUUAUUUCUCCCUGUUUAUGGCUGUUGGUAACAUUCUUGGCUAUGCAACUGGGUCAUACAGUGGCUGCAUUGUGUCGGCUAAUGAAGUGCCUCUAAGUUCAAGUGCAGCAGCACAUGCCGGAGAAGGGGCUGGAGAGUCAAGUGGUACGGAGGAAGCUUUCAUGUGGGAAUUGUUUGGGACAUUCAAAUAUUUUUCAAUGCCUAUCUGGAUAGUACUGUCUGUAACUGCUCUAACAUGGGUUGGGUGGUUCCCAUUUACUCUAUUUGAUACUGAUUGGAUGGGUCGGGAAAUUUAUGGUGGUGAUCCAAAUGGAGGCCUUGUUUAUGAUUCUGGAGUUAGAAUGGGCGCACUUGGUUUGUUGCUUAAUUCAGUUGUUCUUGGAAUAACAUCAUUGCUCAUGGAAAGACUAUGCAGGAAGCGAGGGGCUGGUUUUCUGUGGGGACUCUCAAAUAUCUCUAUGACUAUUUGCUUUAUUUCAAUGUUAGUAUUAACCUAUGCGGCUAAGAGCAUUGGCUACGUAGAAAAAGGUCUACCACCACCAACAGGCAUUGUGAUCGCAGCGUUAGCAAUCUUUACAAUUCUUGGGUUUCCACUGGCAAUCACUUACAGUGUCCCAUAUGCCUUAAUUUCCACACAUAUCGAACCAUUGGGACUUGGCCAAGGGUUGUCAAUGGGUGUCCUGAAUCUGGCAAUAGUGGUCCCGCAGAUCAUAGUGUCCUUGGGAAGUGGACCAUGGGAUCAGUUAUUCGGUGGAGGAAACUCUCCAGCCUUUGCCGUGGCAGCAGUUGCAGCUCUUUUGAGCGGACUCUUAGCUUUAUUAGCUAUUCCCCGAACUGGUACACAGAAGACUCGAAGCCGUGUAUGA